AUGGCCGUCCGCGGCGGCAACGCCCUGACGCCUUUCUCCAUCCAGGCCAUCCUCAACAAGAAGGAGGAGCGCGCCCGCCACGCGGCGGGGCGGCCGCCGCCCCCGGGGGCGGCCGGCGGAUGGCGGCUGUGCGGCGCCGCCGAGGGCCCGCCGCUCCCCUCGCCCGCCGCCGCCGCCCGCGCCCCAGCGCCGCGGACGCCGGUGGGCUGGGACUCGGACUCUGCGCUCAGCGAGGACCCCGAGGGCGAGCGGCGCUCCGAGGAGGAGGGCGCCGGUGGCAGCGCCCGCCCCGCCGAAGCCGCGGGCGGGGGGCGGCCGGCGGCGGCGGCGGCAGAGGAGGCGCAGCCCCCGGAGACGGCGGAGCGGGACGCCGCCGGCCUCAGUGACAGCGAGAUGUCGGCCGCCGUCUCAGAUCGCAGCCCCCCGGAGGAGGAGGACGGAGCGGGCAAGUGCGGGAAUCUGCUGCCGGGGGAGGAGGAGGCGGCGGCGCCGAAGCCGCGGAAGAAGCGCUCCCGCGCAGCCUUUUCCCACGCGCAGGUCUUCGAGCUGGAGCGGCGCUUCAACCACCAGCGGUACCUGUCGGGGCCCGAGCGGGCCGACCUGGCCGCCUCGCUGAAGCUCACCGAGACGCAGGUGAAGAUCUGGUUCCAGAACCGGCGCUACAAGACCAAGCGGCGGCAGAUGGCCGCCGACCUCCUGGCCGCCGCCCCCGCCGCCAAGAAGGUGGCCGUCAAGGUGCUGGUGCGCGACGACCAGAGACAGUACCACCCCGGCGAGGUGCUGCGGCCGCCCUCGCUGCUCUCCCUCCAGCCCUCCUACUACUACCCCUACUACUGCCUGCCCGGGUGGGCUCUGUCCACCUGCGCCGCAGCCGCUGGCACCCAGUGA